GUCAAUCAUCCAUAGUGCCCGCCCCCAACGGGAAGCAAGUUUCUGCUGUAUCGCCUACAAGCUGGACAUUGGGCAAUUUAGCUACACAUCAAAAUUCUUGACUACACUUCCCUUUCCCCACAAUGGCCUCCUCCUCAUCAGUUGGAGAUAAUCAACUGCAGAGGAUAAUCCGAGAUCUGCAUGAUGCUGUGUCAGAGUUGAGUAAAGAACACAAUGAGUGUGGUGAACCCGUAACUGAUGACAGCUCCUACCUGCACAAGUUCUUCUAUAAACUAGAAUACCUGCUGCAGUUUGACCAGAAAGAGAAGACAACCUUUCUUGGUCAGAGGAAGGACUACUGGGAUUACUUCUGCGACUGCCUGAUUAAGAUCAAGGGAGCUAAUGAUGGCAUCCGUUUUGUUAAGUCCAUCCCUGAGUUGAAGACAUCACUGGGGAAAGGAAGGGCCUUCAUCCGUUACUCGCUUGUUCACCAGCGUCUUGCUGACACACUGCAGCAGUGUCUUAUAAACCAGAAGGUCACAAGUGACUGGUAUUAUGCCCGGAGUCCCUUCCUCAAGUCUCACCUCACUGCUGACAUAAUCAACCAUCUUUAUGAGCUCAACCAGAUCCAAUUUGAUGUGGCAGCCAGAGGUUACGACCUUGAUGCAGAUUGGCCAAAAUUUGCAAGGAGAACAUUAGGCACUGCCUCACCAGCAUCUCUGUGGAGGCCUCCCAGUCGCUGCUCCAGCAUCAACAGCCUCAUUAGCAGCUACUCACACUCGCAGGCGCAGGAGUUUCUUCCAAUCUCAGACUUGAGUCAAAGUCUCCUUGGUGAACUAGGGGAACUGGGGGAACCCUCUCCUUGCAGCAUCGCAGAGAACCUCCGCAUUGAGCUCGACCAGUCGGAGCUCAGACAGCAAGAGCUUCUGAUCCAGGUUCAGGAGUUCGGGAAAGAAGCUACUGAGCUCAAAGGUGUGGUUAAAGACCUUCAAGGCCAGCUGUUAGCAGUUCAGAAGUCCUCUAGCCACUCUGUAUCUACUGCAGCCCAAAGUAACCAAGAAACAGAAAAUCAGGAGAGAGUAAAUCCCCUUCAAACCUGUAGGGAAGCAAUAAACAGUGAACUUCACGACAGACUCACAGCUGCUGAGAACAAAAAUAUGGAGCUUCUUUCUAAGUUGGAUGAGGCUCUCAAAGAAAAGGGACAACAAACCGCUAGCUAUUGCAACUCGGCCUGGAAAAUCCAGGAGCUCCUGGAUAAACAAAAGACCACUGAGGAGGAAAGGUUGGAGGUGAAAAGAGAGGCUGAGGACAGGACCAGGCACUCUGAGCGUUUGUCCCAGGAACUUAAACUCCGGGAAGAAGAGUUGAGGAAGAGUGAGGAAAAGCUGGCUGAAGUAACAGCCCGAGCUCAUGACGAACGUGAGGAGGCACUCAAACGGUUGGAGGAGCUCCAAAGUGCAGUCAGGCGAAUUCAGGGGGUGCUGAGUUUGAAAGAGAAGGAGACGGGGAACUUGAGAGCCCAGCUUCAGGAUUUACAAUCAUCACUGGAGUGCAGAGAAAGGCAGGCAGAGGACCUGAGGAAAAGACUGCAUGAGGAGAGGGAGGAGGUAGAGCAGAGAUGGAGCAUGAGUAGUAGCCAGAAUGAGGAACUGGAGACCCAGCUCUUGGAUCAAAGAAGAGCCCUAAAAAACAGAGAGAAAGAGCUUGCCGUUAGUUCAGAGAGAAUCAAACAUUUAGAGGAGCAGUUGGAGAAGCUAAAUGUUGAGAAAGAAAAUCUGAGCUCGAGACUUGCUGAUAAUGAAGUUGUUUUCUCUGAGAACAUUGAGGACUACAAAACCAAAUGCAGCAAUCUCAUGGAAAUAAAUGCUAAGCUACUCCAAUCAGUUACGAAGAGUGAAGGGAGCAUUACAGAGCUGACUGAGAGCAGGGCAGCCUUGUUAGAGCAGCUAGCUUCUUUGAGGGCUUCUGAAAAACACUUAAAGGGCCGAGUUGAGGCUGCAAAGAUGUGUGUGGAAGAUCGAGAGAAGAAGCUCCUAGAUGAAAACUUGCAUUUGGAGGAGACGGCCCAGAAGACGCUUAUCCAGAAGGAAGUAUCUAAUGCUCAAUUAAAGAAGCUUGAGCAUGAGAACAGGGAGCUUUUUGAGGUCCAGUCCUUGUUAAAGAAACAGUUAGCCACAACUCAACAAGAACUGGACUUAUUCACUGCCAAAGCUGCAAAGUUGGACCAGAACCUCAUUGUGUCCCAAAGAAGCCAAGCAGAGUUACUUGAAAAACUCCAAGAAACUGAGGCUAAACUGAAAGAACAGACUGUUGAAUGUGGUCGUCUGCAAGUUAGAGCAGAAGAGCUGGAGAGGAGGACAGGGGAGUUGCACGAUGAAAAAGGAGCUGCAGAGAGCAAUGAAAAAGUGCAGAAGCUUCAUGAUGAGCAUCAGACAUCCUCAAUGGAAACCAAAGGGGCCCCGUUCAGACUAGUUAUCGCUGAAGCUCAACUGGAGCUCAAUCUAAGGGAGGUGCAGCGGCUCCAGGAAGAGGUGGUGGAGCUCAGGGCUCAGCUUCUAGCAGGAACUGAGGAGAGGAUGAAGGUUCAGGCACUGCAGGAGGUGACAGAGUCCUCUAGAGAGGACUAUCUUAGGAAGAACAACUUAAGGCGCUACGCGGGCCAGGGAAAGGAUGAAAGGAGGCAGCGGACGAGACGACGAUCCCGAGAGGAGGCUCUUAUGCGGGAGCGUGACGGAGAGGCUCAGGCUCGGGCAGGUCUGGCUGCGGAGGUGACUGCCUCCAGAGAGGAGCUCAAUAAACUGAAGCGGGGUUAUGAAGCCUUGUGUCUGGACAACAGCGAAUCCAGGGAGGCUCUCCAUAGAGCCAACACAGAAACGGCUGAACUCGGUGUGCAUGUGUGUAUGCUAACUGCUGAGAAUGAAGAGGCUCGUCUGCGCUGGGAGGGCUUGUCAACGAGGCUGCAAGAGCUGGACGAGGAGGCAGCUCAGGAAGCAGAGAGGCUGAAUACUUGCAUGGAGCAGCUGAGUCAGGAGAAUCAACGGCUCCUCGGUCAGCUCCAUAAUGACGAGGGUUUGUUGGCCACCAAGCAGGAGCUGCAGGGUAAGCUGUUCAAGGUCCAACAGGAGGCUGAAGCUGUGCAGGAGACGUGCCAGGAAGAGAUCCAGGCACUCCGCUUCCAGCUUAGCAGCCAAGCCCUGAGCUACGACAGCCAGCUCCAGACUGUUACUCAAGAGUUACAGGAAGUGAAAUUACAGCUGACUACGGAGCAGGAGAAAGUGGUCGACCUCGAGAACAAAUACAAAAAGCUAGAGGCUGAGAAUCAGAGAUAUUGCCAACAGAUUGAGGAAAAAAACAUCCAGAUGGCCGAUUCUGAAAAUCUCAUCCAGCAGAAAGAAGAUGAGAUAAUCCAUCUGAAAGAGAAUCUAUCAAGGUCUAAGGAUGCUCUAGCAGUGGCUCAGCAGACCUGUCAAGAGAUGAGUGAAAAUCUACGGAGAGUCACACAGGACAAACAAAGCUUUGAUCUUAGGACGGCCGCUGAACUCGAUGAUCUUUACCGCACCAAAAUCAAUUUGGAAGAAAGGCUUGUAGAACUCAUCAGGGAGAAAGACGCACUGUGGCAGAAGACAGAUGCCCUGGAGUUUGAGCAGAAACUGCGGGAUGAGGAGACGGAGAGGGACGUCAACUACUGUCUGGGCUGUCACAGUCAGUUCAGCUGGUGGCUCCGCAAGUACAACUGCAGACUGUGUGGGCGUCCCUUCUGCUACUACUGCUGCAGUAACACAGUGAGCACCCAGCAGGGUGGCCCCAGAGAGCGCUGCUGCAGGGACUGUUACAACCAGCACAGUGCAGUAGUUGAGCGCCACCCACAGGAGGAAGUGACUAACAGCACACCAGGGACACCUUUCAGUCGUUUGCUGCAUGCUGGAAGAGCAAUGACGAGUGUUUUAGGAGCAGUUGAAGGUGACAAGUUGGAUGAUGGUGUUUUUGACAUCAUUUCAGAGGAGGAAGUGAGUGGGGUCUAUGACAGUGACUCCCUCUCUUUUGCCACUGCCUGCUCUCCUGGACACGGACAGCAGGGGGCAGCACAACUAAACAGCAGUGCCAGUGCAGGAGACCUAACAUCAGAAGAUACGGAGGACCUCAGUGCUGCAGUACAGGAUGCAGAGAUCUGUCUGUUAAAGUCUGGAGACCUCACACUCUCCGUCCACUUCACAGUGAAUGACAUGUCAGGGUUUGGGGACAGCUCCCGAGAGCUCUUCAUCAAGUCCAGCUGUUACAGCACCAUCCCCAUCACCAUGAGUGCUCCUGGUCCUACUGUCUCCUGGACGUUCACUUCUGAACCCAAGAGCAUCUACUUCAGUGUGGUCUACAGGGAGAGUACAGAGACUCCAUUAGAGCAGGCCAAGGUCUUGAUCCCACUGACUCGCUGUAACUCUCACAAAGAGACAAUCCAGGGGGAACUGAAAGUCAGAAACGCUGGAGAAUACACACUAAUCUUUGACAACUCUUUCUCCAGGUUCAUCUCAAAGAAAGUGUUGUAUCAUCUGAGUCUAGACAAGCCUGUGGUCUACGAUGGAACUGACCUCCUCUGAACAUGACCGCAAGGAUGAGAAAUAGGUGUGAAACUGACUUUUGAAACAUUAAGGGUCUUUAAGCUCAUAAUUUCAAGGCGACUGGUUUGGAGUCUACUGACAUUUACCAACCUCAAUGAAAGGUUACAGAAUUUAAAAAAACAUCUCUCUCAACUUGCAGGUUGAUCAUGAGGUGUUACAGCUAGAACACACGGCACGCUUAAGUGUCGCGUAACGUAGAAACGUACCUGAUCGUGCGCCUGGCCAUUCAGUGUGUGUGUGUGUGUGUGUGUGUGUGUGUGUGUGUGUGUGUGUGUGUGUGUGUGUGUGUGUGUGUGUGUGUGUGUGUGUGUGUGUGUGUGUGUGUGUGUGUGUGUGUGUGUGUGUGUGUGUGUGUGUGUGUGUGCGUGUGUGCGUGUGCGUGCGUGUGUCCGAUAAAUUGGCCGCCAAAAUAAAAAUACCUGCGCUACACUGCUAUACGUGACGCUUGCAUAUACACACCGUGCAGUGUGUUCCUGCUGUAACACAUCAUAUAAGUUCGGAUCAUGAGAGGCUGAAAACAAUGAAGUAAAACAAUGUUACACUAUUGAAUAUGAGCAUGCACUACCUUUUAUAAAAGACUGACAUAGUUUAAAUGUAGCAUUAAGGGUAUCAAACUUCACUCUGAGAUGACUGGAGGAUUGUUGCAUAUUUGAAUGUGAAGAACUUGGUAUGUGUGCACAUACAGGUUUCUCAGCACCUGCAGAUGUAGCUCAUGUAGUCAACUUUUGUUACUGCAUCUUUGCAGAACUAAAGCUGUAUUUAUUUUCUUUGGCAUGAGGUGCAAUUGAUUGAUAAAUCAUGUUUGUUCCCAUUAUUUGCCUCGUCUCAAAGUAAGUACUACUACUAUCUUUUGAAAAUGGGAUUAAUGUGUUCUCUGCACAGAGACAAAAAAAAAAAAAAGUAUAUUCCCAGCUAGAAGUGGGAGAUAUGGAUCGGUAUGUAUAUGGUGUGAUAUCAAUAGUCAUCAUGAUUUAUUAAAUUUACCAGCGAUCUGAAGUGAGAAAAUGUUUAAAAGAACCAGACAGAAAUGUCUGUUUUAGUUUUUGAUCUAGGAAAUUAAAUGUGACAAAUGAUCACAUUGAUGCAAAAAAAAAAAAAACAGUAUUGCCAUGAAUCAUAUCCUGAUUAUUGAUUAGUAACAUUACCCACAAUGGCCUAAUACACCCAGCGAUAUUAAAGGGAGGGCUACCACUCUACCAACGGUUUAGCUAAAUCUUUGACACAAUACCAUCGUCGCACAGUAUCUAUCGUCAUAUUGUUCAACAAUGGAAAUAUUACACAAAUGGGACAUGAGGAGACUUAUGUUGAAAAAGAUUACUUUAAAAAAAUAUCACUCUAAUUUAACUCUUACCUUAACUGGAUUUUUUUACAUGCUUAAAUGUACCAUUAGCACAUUAGUUACCAUUGAAUGUUACUAACUCUUUAAAUUGGCGUGUUAAGCUCAUGCUGUUAUUGGUGGAGAAACUAUUGGUGUCCAAUGCAUGUACUGUAAUCGGUUUCAAAGUUCAUGCUCAUUUCACAGUCAGUACUGUAUCUUUAAAAUCAUUGCCUUUUCAACUGUCAUAAAUUACAAGCAAUGGACUUGUGUUUCAAUCAUGAUAAAGCAGAACAGGAAGAAGUAGGAUUUCUGUGGAAACAUGCUUUAAAUCAGAGUUUCUGAUUGCAGUUAAAAAUGUCUAUGCAUGCAAACACUAAGAACGUGCAGGUUUCUCUGACUAAACCCUCGAGGGUAAUAAGAGGGAGCACCUUUCGAAAUCUAAGUUUCAGUGCUUUGAAUAUUUAGUUUUUACUUCAACUUGAAUUGUCACUCAUGUUUUGUCAAAUAGUGAUGAUUUGCAUGAGAUUUAGUGAAGAGAGGAGUUGCAAUGACAUUUUCUCCCUACAUCCAUAAAGCCUUUAGAUGAUUUUGAUGUUCUUCAAUACAGUUGUUUACUGUUGCUGUGUGAUGUUCUAAAUACGUUGUGCAGUGUGUCAAACCAAAAUAUGAAUCUCCGUACAGCCUUCAAAUAACACAAGUCCAAGUUAGACUUGUCUUAUAUGGACUUUAAUUUAAAGGCUUUAAUGUUGAAAUUGACUUUUAUUUCUCUAUUGUGUCUUCACUCCAUUCACACCAUUUGAUUAUACUGACUUAAAUAUACUGAAACAUUGCUUUGCUAUUCAACAAAGACUAUUUUAAAACCUUUUGUAAAUUAUAACAUGACACAAGAUUAGGAAAAAUGAAACAUUUUUAUACAUAUUCAAGUAAGAAGAGUGAUAUAUUGCCAAAUAUAUUGGAAACAUUUGUCUAUUUAAUUGUUCUUGAAUGGGAGUUUCUAUUUAAAAGCAUUGCAGAAGGGCUGCUGUAAAAUGCACUUUUAAAAGGGCUUUUUGUUGGUCUGUAUCCCUUGAGCCUUCGUGCCAGUUGAUGAAUGUUUUUUUGUUUUUUUCCAUUUGUAUCUAGAGAGUGUGUGAUUGUAGAAGUUUACUGCUGGAUUUGUCAAAGGGAAGCUUUCACUCUUUGUCUUAAAUGAUUGUUGACAAAUGUUUUAUUGAAAUAGCAUUUACAUAUUUUACAGCAUUUUAAGAUUUAUAAUAGAAUGGAUUUAAGAUCGUUGAUAAAUAAAUAAGGAUUGUGUGAUAA